AUGCAUACGCUGGAUGAAAUUCAGCCCAAUGCGGAGAAUAAGAAUAGGGUUCAUCCAUCACUUAUUUCAAGGGCCUAUUUAGGGGUUCAUAGGUCUCGUGCUUACAUAAGUACGGCUCUAAACGCUAGUCUGGCGAGCGGCGACAGGUGCCAGUUCACACUCCCGCAGCACGCGUGUGCGUCGGGCUCCAACCUGACAUCUAGCCAGCUCUCCUCCAUCCUCCAAUGCUACAUCACGGACCCUGCAGCCCCCCUGGACCAAGGGGCAUUCCUCUUACUGUUCCAACAAGUCAGCAGAGGAGUGCUGCAAACCGCUCUGAAUGAAAUCAGUGUGCAGACCCUCAGUGACCAGAUCACACCAGCCGCCAAAGUCUUCCUGUUGCAUGCGGCGUGGGAAGUUCUGAAAUCUGAACCCCAAGUGCAAAAUGCAGGCUUCCUGGCCUCCUGGUUCCAGGAGACGCUGCAUGCCUACCUGACCGCCAUCGACAAGAACUUCCUGGACUGCAUGAGCCAGCUCCCCAUCACUUGCGAUGGCCUGGCCACGGUCGUGCAAGCUCUGGACAGUGUGUAUUCGCAGAUGGACACCAGCACAAGGCAAGUGGUGGCCGACUGGAUUGGGAGAUUCCUUACAGCCCACGUUUGCCAAAAAAGCUCAGCAAAAGAGUGGAUACUAAGCAACUGGAAGAAUUUCCGAAACUAUGCAUCAUAUAAUGCGUUCACUACUUCCUGGAGUGGUUUUGAUGGGUUUGCAGCCCUGGAUGUCCUCACAGCCAGCCAACUAGCACAGCUGACAGCCACUCACAACGUGUUCUCCAACAGCAGCAUGGCUGCCAGCAUCACCCAUGUCCUCAGCACCAGCGAUGUCCGCUACCUCGAGGGCUACUUGGACGAGCUAUCAACCUUGACCCUGACGCCGCCCUUUGACCACCAAGUGAUGUAUUCAGUGCUGGAGAUGGUUCUAAAAAAGGUCAACGAGAGCUUCCCGGAUCUCUGUUCUCCCUCCUUGAAAGACUUGUUUCAGGUUAAACUGAAGAUGCUGCUCCCGGUGGCGGAUGCAAAUAUACUGAGCCUCAUCCCAACAAAAAUAGGCUGCACUGACUUCCAAGAGAUCGUCUAUGCUGACUACAGUGAUUUCAUCCGGCUUUUUCCUGCCUUUAAUGGGUAUGAGGUGACGGAUUUGUUAACUGCGACACACCUGGCAAAGCUGGUUGUCAUUUCCAGCAUCCUAACUGACAGCAGCAGGCUCAGUGCGAAGACUGAUGCCACCAACGUGAUGAACACCUUCCAGAGCAGAAAUGUAUCUGACCUGCAGACCUUCCUGUAUGAAGUCAAUUUGCUCGCAGCACAGAAGAACAUAGUGAACAUAACCAACGUCAGUGUCCGGGAGGUGAUGCUAGAGGGGAUUUUCCAGAUCCUGAAGCCACAUUUUGCCUCCAUGACAACAGCUGGUUUAGAAUCCUGGUUCAAUGGCACAUUGACCUUGUAUCUCGCCUCCAUCACCCCGGAGGAGCUGAGGGCUCUCCCAGUUCGAGCGAACUGCACACAGCUACAGACAAUCGUUAAAGGCUUGGACGAUGCCUUUGACCAGAUGGCAAUGGAAACAAAGACAAGUGUCACCCAGUGGAUUGUCAGGUCCCUGCUACAAAUAGGUGCUUUAGAAUGCAAGGCCACUGAAAACUGGAUGACCCUUAGUUUCCGAAGAUUCAAGACCAUAGCUAACCUGACCGACUUCUUUGCUCUCGACAGCAAUUUUACCGGGAUGGCGCAUCUCCAGGAGCUGACUGCGGGGCAGAUGGCUCAGCUGACCCUGACGCAAGAGGUGUUCCUCUCCGUCACCAACAUUGAACGCGUCUUUGACAGACUCGCGGAGAUGCCAGGACCCAAGGGGCUGGCGGCCUAUUGGGACGCGUUUAAUAUCGCCUACGAGGAGCCUCCUGUCCUCGUGCUCAAUAUCUCGAUGGAAGUGAAGCACACCAUGCUGGCUAGAACAAUGGAGCAGCUGCGCAUUGCACUCCCCACAUUCACAGAUGCUGAAUAUGACCUGUGGUUUAAGAAAAGACUCGUGGUGGUUCUGCCCAGCAUGAAAGCUGAUGUUCUUCACAACAUCCCUAUCAACGUGUCCUGCAGCGCCUACAAGUCUCUAAUUGCUGGGAUCAACACCGGCUUCUCUGACGUUCCUGAGGAUGGCAAGAGGGACGUGUAUCACUACAUCGUGUCUUUUCUAACACAGACAUCUCAGGAUACCGGGGCUGCCUGCUAUCCCAGGGUGUCCGCUAGAGACUGGCUAGUCGAAUACUUGGGGAAAUUCUCCAUGGAAGCAUCUUACGCUCAGUUGGUCUCAUUCUUCCCCCAGCCCUUGGAUGCGUACGUGGUUCUGGACCUCCUGACCCCCGCUCAGAUUGGGGACAUGAUGGUACAGUCGGACACACUGACCAGGAUGGACCUAGCAGCCCGGCUCAUUCAGUUCUUCCAACAGAGCACACCUGAGGAUGCUCAGAUGAUUCUGAGGAAAUUCACAGAGGCCGCGCUCAGGGAGAAAAUCUCUGUCCUCCCAGAUCAGGCUAUUUCCCAGCUGCUCCUGCAGAACUACCUGGCCAUGAUGUCCAGGCAAAUGGAGGCCUACACCGCCCCCGACUGGAACGCCACCUUCCAAAACCAGCUGCGCUUCCUGAGCCCCAGCUUCAGCAAAACAUCACUCGCCCUCGUCAUCCCACAGGACUAUGACUCCUUAGUGGCAAUCGUGGCUGGCUUGGAGGGAGCUCACCUGCACAUGACUGAGUCCUCUAGGAGAGCUGUCGUACUCUGGAUUGUGCAAAACCUCAAAGCCUUGAAAGGGUACUCAGCGGAGUCCACCAUGGAAUGGAUACAGGCCACCUGGAGGUCAUUUUUCUUUGAUGCAACCCUAGAAGAAGUGAAAUCUACCAAUGAACAUUUUAACCCUGCGGAAUUUUUGGGUUUCCUGAGAGCUGACCAGCUGAUGGAGUAUGUGAUGACUUCAGAUGCAUUAUUUAAUGUGACCACAAUGAUUCGGGUCCUGAGAAGUCUGGAGGGCAAAGAUUCUGAAAUAACACUGCCAAAGAUGGAUGAAUUCCUGACGAAGUUCAAUGGGGCUCUUAUGCGGGCGAACCUCACGGGCGUGCACAAUGCUGAAGUGAGACAAGAAAUGCUCACAACGUUGUUUACCAGCCUCUCUAAACACUUUUACACGUUCAUGGACCUGGAUUAUGAGGCCUGGUUUGUGGAGAGGCUAAAAUUCCUCCUGCCUAGUAUGAACGCAGACCUGCUGGAGUUAAUACCGGCCGACGUCAGCUUCCCAUCCUACACUGCCAUCAUCCGAAGCCUGGACAACCUCGUCCCACAGUUUUCACCACAGACUUCACACGGCAUCUACAAUUUCAUCCAAAGAAUCCUGGGCCAUCAACUUAAUGCUUCAGAGACGGUAUUUCCUGGCACGUACAGCAACAGCCAAAGUUUCCUGCAGCUCAUCUUCUACCGGUUCAGGCAGUUUGCUAACUACACCCAGCUCCUCACCUUUUACAAGGACUUUAAUGGGUAUGACGUUCUUGACCUGCUGUCUGCCAGACAAAUGGGGGAGAUGAUGGUGGUGACGAACGCCAUCAGGAACGAACGGUCUGCGGUCCAGAUCCUGGCGAAAAUGGAAACGCGCACCUUCGCGGAAAUGACCGACUUCAUAAUGGAAUUUAACACUGUGGCAGAACAGAAACAUCUCAUUGUCCUGCCCAACCCCAGGAUUCGUGAUUUAGCCUUCGAGACAAUAUUCAAAUCCUUCCAAUUCAGCACCUUCACAGCACAGCAGUACGCCUUCUGGUUUGGCUCACAGCUCCAGCUAUUCCUGCCCGCUCUAAACACCCAGUACCUACAGCUUCUCCCACUGGAUAUCGACUGUCAGUCUCAUCAAAAUCUGGUGCAAGCGCUGGACAGGGCGUAUGACCAUUACACAGAGGAGCAGAAAAAAGCCAUCCACGGCAGGAUAUUAAGAUUUCUAGAGUCUUACCAUGAUAUCCAAGGUGGCAUGUGUUCCCUGGAUGCAAACAGCAGCCAAUGGAUAACCGGCAACUAUGGACGUUUCAGUGCCUAUGCCAAUAUGGAAGAGUUUUCCUCACUCAAUCCCCGCUUUGAUGGGAUGUCGGCUGUGUCAGAGUUGUCACCAGAGCAGUUGGCCCAGUUAACCACAGUCACCGGAGCCCUGGCUGAUGAGACUGUACUCAUCAGGAUCCUGAGCAAUCUGAACGCUUCGUCAGACCUCGCUAAAUUCUUCGACACACUCAAUGCCGUUGCUCCGGCAGCACUUCAGCGCAGUGUCCACGCGCAUCUCAUUUUGAGCACUGCCUUCCAAACAAUUGCUGCGGGCUUCCCAAAAUUCCAAGCCAGCGACUUUGCCUACUGGUUCCAAGAUGCUUUCCAAAACGUGCUGUACACAGUGAAUGAGACCAUCAUUGCAGAGAUCCCAGUCUCUAUAUCAUGUGACUCCUACCACCAAAUAUUGAAGGGUUUCAAUAACAUCUAUUCCAGCCUCUCCCCAGGAAAGGCACCGAGCGUGUUUGGAUUCUGUAAAGCGUUCUUGGCCUCAAAAGUCAAGUCAGGUGUUGCAUGUGGGAGUAUGACUCAAAAUAUUCAGAACUGGUUGGACCUAAAUCUUGGAAACUUCACCAAAUAUGCCGAGUAUCAGGACUUACUCACUUGGAACCAACAUUUCCUUGGUAUGGGAGUGUUGGAUAAGCUGGCCCCGGUACAACUUGCCUCUUUUACUCUGCAAUCGGAUGCCAUUAACAAGGAGGAGGUGAUGUGUCAGGUCCUCGCGCAAUUACAGAGCAAACCAGUGGACGAGAUCUACCAGUAUUUAGACCAAUUCAACAAAGAGGCCCAACGGCUGACGAUAGCCACCAUUAAAAAUGAAGCAGUGAGGAAAAAUAUGCUCACCCAGUUUGGGCAUGAGAUCCAGGCCGGCUAUUCGGCUUUCAGCCCUCAAGACUGGACUCGUUUAUUUGCAAGACUCGAGCUCCUGCUGCCAAGUGCUGGCGAGACGGAGAUUCAGCAAUUCCUGACUCACGUGUCUGGCUGUGACGGUUUCCGAGCCAUGGUAGCCUCACUCAGCCAGGUGCAUCCUUCUAUGUCGCCGGUGAAUCAACAGGGGGUCUACAGAGCUUUAUUCGCCUUCCUUGAAAAUCAGUACAGCGCAACAGGUUCUGCCUGUGCUUCAGGCAGCGAGGGAAGCCUGGAUUGGCUCCAGAAUAACUUUGGGGCAUUUGCCAAGAACGCGCGCUAUGAAGAUUUCACCAAACUUAUGGCCAGUUUCAAUGGGUUUGACAUAAGAGAUAACCUCACUUCAACGCAACUGGCUCACGUCUUCUUCGGCACGGAUGUCCUGGACGAGAGCGCCCUGGCGGAGCCCCUCCUGGUGUCCCUGCAGAGCAGGCCAGUUGGCGAUGUUGUCGCCUUUGUGACAGAGUUUGUGGCCAUGGCGCCUCAGCAGGGGAUCAUGUCGCUGGCAAACACGCAGGUGCGAGACGCAAUGUUCAACGUCAUCUUCUCCAAAGUCCGGAGCCAGUUCACCACGUUCAGCGUCUCCCAGUACAAGGACUGGUUCCAGGACAGGCUCCGGCCGUGGCUCGCCAGCAUCAACGCCUCUGCCCUGGCGACCCUCCCGAAGAAGAUCCCGUGCGGAGUUUUCCAAAUCAUAAUGGCCGGCCUAGACAGCAGCUUCCAGCACAUGUCACCCGCGAGCCAACACGAUGUUUACAGCUUCGCGAGGGCCUACCUCACGGCCAAGGCGGCUCAAGGGGAUGAUCCCUGCACUGAGAACACCAAGGGCAGCUUGGGCUGGCUACAAGCAAACUGGGGCUCCUUCGGCAGGUUGGCCAGUUACGAGGAUCUGGUGGGCAUCAAGGCAGAUUUCAGCGCGGCCGAUGCCGUGGUCGGGCUCAGCCCAGCGCAGCUGGCGUCUUACACGCUGGCGAGCGACGCUCUGCGCGACAGUGACAAAGCGGGCAAGAUCUUCAGCGCUCUGAACGCCCGCACCACCGGGGAGUUCCUGGAUGCGUUCAACGCCGCUGCGCAGCAGCACCACCUCACUCAGCUGCCUCACGCCGAGGUGAGAAGAUUCAUCCUGGGCGAGAUCUUUUGCCACAUGAGCACCAUGUUCAAGCACUUCUCGGCGGGGGACUACGCCGUCUGGUUCGGGGAGAGACUCACCCUCUUCCUGAGCGGCCUGACCGCCCAGAAUCUUGGCUUUUUACCUCUGGACAUGUCGUGCGACUCCCUCGCCACCAUAGUGAAGAUCCUGAGUGACCACAAAGCCAAUGGGACGUUUGAGAACCCAGAAGACAUCGUCUCCUUUAUAAAGAGAGUUCUUCACUUCCAGCUGCAAAAUUCAGGCUCGGCCUGUGCCCAAGGAAUCAUCGCCGACAGGCAAUGGCUGCUACAAUAUUUUGGGCUUUUCGCUGUUUAUGGCUCAUAUUCUGACUUCACCGCAUUAAAGAGCAAAUUCCAAGGGCAAGACUCCCUCGACCUUCUCUCAGCAAGCGCGCUGGCCCAGCUGUCGGCGGAAAGCAACGCGAUCUACAGCGCUGCGGCCAUCCAGCUGGUCUUCGAGGCCAUCGGAAGCAAGAAGGAGCCGCUCCUGCACCUCAGUGCUUACCUGGAUGACCUCAACGCCCUGCUGAUGAAGCGCGCCGGGCUGCUGGGCAAUGCCAAGGUGCGGGACACCAUGCUAAUGAGGGCAGCCGAACUCGUCUUCCCCCACAUCACCGACAUGUCACUGGAAGACACCACCGCAUGGCUCCACAGACUCAGCCUGCUGCUCCCGGGGGUAAACGCAACCACCCUGGAGCUGCUGCCUCUUUCUAUGCCCUGCCCCUUUUACCAAGCCAUCAUUAAAUCCAUGAGCGACGUCUACUCAGCAUUACCAGCCAAGAGGCGGCAAGAUGUCUACGGCUUUCAGAAGACCUACCUGAACGCACAGUUCGCAGACUCAGGCUCCGCCUGCGAGGAUGGAACCAACGGGACCAGAGAUUGGCUGCAAAAAAACAUCGGCAGUUUCUGUUCGGUGGCUAAAUUAAGUGAACUUCAGACCUUUUACCCAGACAUUGAUGGAGUAAGUUUUUCUAAUCAGUGUGCUGUGGCAUAGUCAAAUAACAACUGUCUCCCAAGCAAUCAUGGGCGCUUUACGGCACCUGGGGAAACAUUUAGAUUUUUAAGGAAGAUGAUUUUUCCCCCCCUUUUCUUGGGCUCUCUUGGCUUUUCCAGAAUGGCUACAGCUCCUAUAGCAGGGAUCAGCUUGGGCUGGGGGAAGAGCUAACGAUCCUCCAUGUGUAAUAUGAGAAGUGACGUUGUCUUCCUGGCCGCUUGCCUUUUUCUUCAAGACCUGUUUCUGAUCAAAGAUAAGAGUGAAUGCCCUAAGUUAUCAGAACAUUUUCAGCUAGACCAAUGGCCACACUUGCAUCCAGGCUUCCCUCUAAUUUUUUCCAUCAAUGGGCGGAAUGACUUUUGCUACGUGCACCGAGCCAUGUGUGAAUGUGCACCACCAGGAGAAAUAGCUACUGCUGACUGUGGGUGCUCUGCUAAUCAGCUUGGGUGGCACCUGAAUCUCUCAGCCGCCCAAGCGCUCAGCUUACAGGGAACGCUGCUUGCAUCAUAACUAUGAUCUUUGCCUAGAGAUAGGGAGGUUUAGUCUAUUUAUUAGAGAGCCCCUUUAAAUCAAACUGGUUUACUCAUUUGGACUCUGCCAUUCCUUUUUGCCUCACGCACGCUUCAAAUGAUAGCUUGUCUUUGAAAGCUACUAGCUGUUGGUUUUAUUCGAGUA